CCUCAUCUAGUGCCAGUGUAUAAAUUUCCAAGUAAGGUUCCAAGCCUAAGUUUGGAUGGGUACAUCUCAAUUAAAUGCUAACCUGAUUACAUGCUGCUAUGUAGACGAAAAGCAGUCAGUCACUACUUCCUGAUUACACACACAAUCCAUUCUUACUUUUUCCUUUCAGAUGAAUUCUGUCUUCCUAAGAUUGAUUGAGGGGUCUGAGUAGAACCAUAGGGAAUUCCCUUUAGAAACAAAGUUCUUCAGAGGAACGCCCACCCCACCCCACCCCAUUCCACUUCUCAGGAUAAGACAAGAAUCCAGCCAGUGCUAUUUCUCUAUUGUUCUACCAACAGCAAUACUUUUAUUUACCAGGCACUGGACUUGUCAGACGAGAAACAUAUCCCAGCAACCGAUUCUUAUAAAUGCAAAAUGACUCCAUUCAGCCAAGAAAGCAAGAGCUUUUGAACACUUGGGAAAGAAUUUAUCCACUGCUUUCUCUGCUCUUUUGACAUGGGCUUACAAAAGUGCAGCGGCUGUUUGAGUUGCCUGUUGAUCCCCCUGGCACUGUGGAGUAUUGUUAUAAAUAUUCUUCUAUAUUUUCCUGAUGGGAAGUCUUCAUAUGCCUCCAGCAAUAAUCUCACCAACUAUGUCUGGUAUUUUGAAGGAAUCUGUUUCUCAGGUAUUAUGAUUCUUAUGCUGGCAGCACUUUUGGUAAUUCUGGACCGGGACACCUUUUAUAAAUGCUUCCAAAGUGAAAGUUGCACCAGAACAUAUAGGCGUUUCAUUUCUGUUGUGCUUUCCCUACUAGGGAUUGCAUUCUCUGGCUACAGUUUGAUCAUAUCUGCUUUGGGCUUAGUGCAAGGCCCAUACUGCAAAACCUCAGCUGGCUGGGAAUAUGCCUUCAAAGAUACUGCAGGCAGCUACCUCAUGGAUCAUACUUCCUGGUCCCAAUGCACUGAGCCUGCUUAUGUAGUGGAGUGGAACAUCAUUUUGUUUUCUAUUCUGAUAGUUCUUAGCGGCCUCCAAAUCUUGAUCUGCUUUCUGAAAAUAAUUGCAGAAUUAAAGCAAAUCCUGUGUGGAAAUUAUCCUGUCUUUGUUCAGCCUGCACUGGUCUAACCAUCUUGAGGAAUGACUCCAACAUGACUCCAUCAUAUCCCUGAGCAUACAUUUUGAUAUUAAUUUUUAAAUAGAUUCUUCUGUUUCUGUGUUACACAAGAAGGAAUACCAAUGUUUUUCAAACAUAUUAUUUAUGAUGCUCCAGAUGCUUCAGCUCAAGUGUGCAGUUUUUGGAUAGUCCGUUUUUCUUGUUGCCUGUUCACAUACCUUUUCCCUCCCUUGCAUUUGUUAUGUAUUUAAAUUGUGAGCCCCUUGAAAAAUGAUGGAUCUUUUGUUUUUACAUAAUGUAAAUCACUUGCAUAUCAUAGAUACUACAUGAAUAAAUAUUUAGUUCAUUGGGUGGUCACAUUAUUGUGAACAACAGCAAUAGACACCUUCUUAGUGAGGUGAUAAACUUAUAUCUGGACUACACCAUUUUGGAUCACAAAUGGGAUUUUGCAUGAUUAAAUGCACAACUGAAUAAAAACUUCCCUCUGCAUAGAUGUUGGGAGAAAUGUCAUAAUCUGAGAUGAGAUUUGGGGAAUGUCUUUCGUGUGCAGAAACCCAUAAGACCAGUCUUACCCAAUGCUGGUUCACCCAUUGACCAAGAAGAAUUGAGUGGUUCCCUAAUUUGCCUUAAUGAAAUACAGUUAUAUAUUUGCUUUGGAUACUUGCCCACAGGGAUUAUCCUUAAUAAAAUAAAAUAAAAUAAAAUAAAGUAAAGUACUAACUUAAGAAACGUUGCACCUCUUCACAUCCUUGUGAUCUCAUACUGUCUUUUAUUUUCAACUGCCAUUUUAUUUCUGGCUCAGCUGCAAUGUUUCAGGAAUCACUGAAAAGGCUCCCUUUGCAUCUGUAGUACUGAAGCUCUGCAGAAGUUACUGAUCAGAUCAUUUCUCCACUGGUGAUAGCUUGCCUUUUUACCUGCUCCAAAGAAAUUAUUGCUGUUGUGUGAUAAUUGGGUCAGAAAAUAAAAAGCGGAUAAAGUUGCUCAAGAACCCGUUUACUUCUAAUAAAAGUCUACUUGAAUUGGAUGGGUACAUUUUAACUAACAAAAACAUAACAUAAUUGUGAUCAUGCUGAAGUUAAUUUUUGGUUUCUGCUAAUCAUCAGCCUUGUAAAUGUCAGCUUUUGAAGAGAAUGGCAGAAGAAACUGAACAGGUUGGGAUUAGUGAAACAAACAAAACAAAUCUUCAGAUUGCAUUGUAGAGCUUUUAGGGUAAUGUUGCACAAUUUGUCCCAGUUAUCAAUUAAGACAUGCAUGACCAAGCAACCAAGCAUUCAGGAAGAAGUAUUUUAAUAAUAUUCACAAGUAAUGCCAGUCUUGUCUGAAAUUUGUUAAUAUUGCAUUGAUAUAUUAACUGCAUAGAAUUUUGGACAUUGUCCUCCAGUUUAAUGCUCAAAUAUAACAUUCCCCAUGUUGUGAAAUGUGGGAAAUUUCAGCUUUACUGUAUCAAAUAGAAGAAACAGGAGAAGCUUGAUGUCCUGUUGGGAAACUCCAAAGCAUUUCACCAUAGCAGGGACUCUUUUUAAUCUUUUAAAAUCCUUUUAAGAACAUUUUCCAAAUUCACAUAUUGAGAUCUAAAACCUGAUUUGCAUUUGAACAAGAUUAACUGUAAUAAAAAUGUUUUUUGCUGUUGCUUCAAAUAAUCCAUGAGUUGCCCUAAGAGUUAUUGCCACCAAAUCUGGCAGUGUGUGUUUAAACAAGACU